GCCAGCCUGCCUCCUAGGACAGAGAAUCCAGAGCAAGGCAUCCUCCCCUCGUGCUCGAAGGAGACAACACUGGAAAAGAACACACAGGACACAGCUCACGCUGACACGGAGCUCCACUCCUCCCCGAUGCAAAAAAUCACUCUGUUGGAACAAAAAAUAGCAGAGCAGGCACAAGAAAUCCAACUGAAGGAUAGGAGGAUUGCUGAGCUUGAAGAGAAGAUGAAGACCCUUCAGAAAGAAGAAGACCCUUCUGACUCAUUCACAACAGAGGAACUGGAAAUUAGGUGCCUUCAGCUGCAGCUCCAGGUCUGGCAGAUGGAGCAGUUUCUGAGUGACUAUGGUCUGAUUUGGGUUGGAGAGAGACCUGAAGAACUGGAAGAUGUAGAAUUGCUCAAGGAUGAAGAGCUGCCAGGAAGGAGCUUCUGGAAGCCAGGUGAAGCAGUUGUUCCCCAGCACCACAUUGAUUUUGAUUUACUCUUGGAGAAGGUGAAGGAUCUGAACUUGCUGGCUGGAGAGGGCAUCUCUCACAUCGAGCACAAGCCUGGGGGAGCUCGGCUCAGGCAGCCAGAACCCCUCCCUCUCACACUGUAUCAGAAUGGGAUUGUCAUGUUCAACGGACCCUUUCGGCCCUAUGAGGACCCAUCCACACAGCAAUGCCUACAGGAUAUUAUGGAUGGCUAUUUCCCUUCGGAGCUGCAGAUGCGUUACCCUGAUGGCAUCCCAUUGCAGGAGAAACACCCUCCAGGGAGCUUUCCUGGUCAUGGCCAAGUGGUUGGCCAUUCAAAAUCACGUGAGGUGCAGGAAACCACCCAGAUCCCAGGUCCCAAAAUCUCCUUGGAGCAGCUUCUCAAUGAGCUUUCCAGGCCCUUGAAACACACAGAAGAGGCAACUGGUGCCCACAACUCAGCCAGAGCAGCACAGCAGGCCUCUGAAGGGGUGCGCAGCAGCAAAGAGAUCCUAGUGGAGACACCCAGGCUGCCUGCCCUGGAGAGGUACAGGCACGGCCCCUGCCCUGUCAGGCUCUCAUCUUCCUCCUGUUAUUUCCUACUUCCUCCUCAACACUGUGGGUUUCUUUCAGGGGUUUCAGUUAAGGAAGUAAAUGGAGUUGUCCCUUUUACACCUUAGAAAUAGAAAGAAAGGUGAAGGUUGAUCUUUUGGGAAGACCACUGAAUUGUUCACGGCAAACUUGCCAUCUUUUACAGCUCCAACAAAAAGCUUCUGUUGUUCAGACUGCUACUUCCUGCUGUGAAAUAGCUUUCUCAACAGCAAACCAAGGCCUCAGAGUUUGAAAGCAUCUAAGAAGCUGUUUGUGAUCAAGUUAAACGGGAGAAUGCUGCCAGGAGAACGAUGCCCAAGUGGGAGGUCACACAAACAGCACUUUUCCACUCAGUCUUCUGGCAAGACAAGACCCAAAUAGAGAAUGAAAAAAAAACCCAAGCAGAUUAUUUUUAACCAAAGAAGUAGGGCAAGGAACUUACCAGACAGCCUGAUCUAAAAUGAAAGAGCUGAAAAACGUCAACAACCCUCUUCUCAAGGCACCUUUAGGCAGGGAAAGCAAAGCAGUGGUUUGCUCUGUGACUGGUCUGCUCGCACGCAGUCAUCUCAAGGACAUUCCCAGAUGUGAAGCACCCUGUUGAGGUGACCCAGGCUCUGCCACCAGCGCAGCACUCGCUCCUCAAUUGAUGAGGUUCUCUCACCUCCAGGGUGAAGGUGACUGAAGAGGUUGAAGCUCCUGCCCCUGGUGUCUGCACUCUCCGCAUCAAAUCAGAGAGCGGGGAGCAGACUUACAUCGUAAAGAUGCUGUUCACAGAGACCAUCGGGGACCUGCGCCAGCACCUCGCCCAUGCCAGGGGUGGAGACUCCGACUCAUAUGAGAUCAUCAGUACCUUUCCCCAGAGGGUGUACACGGACAACUCACAGAGCCUGCAGGAAUGCGGCCUGACCCCCAACGCCUGCUUACUGCUGCAGAGAAGAGACCCCUGCCAGCAAGAGGGCUGCAAACAGCUUAACUCCUAGCAAGAGCUGCUCACCCAAAUUCUGCAAGAGGAAGGAGCUGCCUUGCACCUUUAGCUGUGUUAUAACUUCCCCUGGCUGGGAAGAGCAGAGGGGUGACUUUCCAGACUUAGUUUCAUUGUGCUGUUACCUGGGACAGAGAGAAGUGCUCAGAGGCAGUGGGUGGAUGCUCUUCCCCAAGACCACUGGGCUCCUAAUGCAGGGGCAUUUCAGUCAGCUCAGACCAAAGCCCAGUUUCCUCAUCUCUACUGAAGGGUUACACAGGCUGAUGCCAGCCCAGGGAAGGCCACCAGCUUUACACUGGUCCUGGACAGUGGCUUAGCUCAGGGAUUGUCUACCGCAGCAGGACAGACAAACAGCCAGGGUCAGUUUGCUUUCCACACACAGCUGCUCCCCAGCGAUUUCACCUGUGCUUACACCACGAGAUAAACAGGCUCAGUUAUAUGGUCCCUGGCGAAGCUGAACCAAGAGGCUUUGAGCCGUUGCAAGGCUGGGUCUGAGCCAGGCUCGGCUCAGCCAGGAGAUCCUGCUGCUGGGUUUCCUGUGCGUGAACAACUCCUUCCCUUGGACAGCCCCCAGCUCCGGCAGGGCCCCGGCUCACAGCCACACUGAGCUGCCAGCCUGGCUCCCUCCCUCCCUGCUGCAGCCAUGGGCUGGAUGCUGCAACAGGACACCGUGUCAUUGGAGAAGAGCAUAAUCCCGUUGCUGCUUCCCUGAAGCAUGAAUAAAGCAUCUUCCUCC